AUGUCGCUCGAAGAACGCGGUGGCCACGAGAACCCGGCGUUGGAGCUGACGAACGCCGCAGAGCCGUUUUCCAAAAUGAGGCGGUUUUGCCAGGCUCACGCCAAGACACUUCACAGGAUCGUCUUGGGUCUCUUGGCUGCAGCUUACCUGGCCUACUUCAUUGCAGCCUGUUGGCUGGACUUCCAGCGGGCCCUGGCUUUGGUCGUUUUAACAUGUUUGGCGGUCUUUCUUGGGCUCUACACCCUGGUAAAGAAGUGGUGCGGGGCAACUAUCGCCCGCCUGCUCAGCCCUCUUGGGAAAUGCUUCCGGCGCUCCUGGUUUUGGCUGAAAUGGGUGCUGUGUAUCAUCAUUUUGAUCGCUCUGAUCAUAUGGCUGGUUCUUGACAUAUCCCAAAGGCGGGAGCAGCUAGUGUCGUUGGGGGGUUUCUGCACAUUGCUUCUGGUGCUCUUUGCCAGCUCCAAACACCACAGGGCUGUGUCCUGGAGGGCUGUGAUCUGGGGUCUUGGCCUGGAGUUCCUCCUCGGGAUCUUCAUCAUCCGGACAGAGCCUGGAUUCCAGGCUUUCCAGUGGCUGGGCGAACAGAUCCAGACCUUCCUGAACUACACCACGGCCGGUUCCCGAUUCGUCUUUGGAGACCAACUGAUUCAGAAUGUUUUCGCCUUCCAGGCUUUGCCUAUCAUCAUCUUCUUCAGCUCGGUGAUGUCCGUUCUCUACUACCUGGGAGUCAUACAGUGGGUGAUCCUGAAGUUGUCUUGGAUCCUGCAAAUCACCAUGGGCACAGCACCCACAGAGUCACUGAGCGUGGUAGGGAAUGUAUUUGUCGGGAUGACGGAGGCACCGCUGCUGAUCCGCCCUUACCUGAUGGAUAUGACCAAGUCGGAAGUCCACGCUGUGAUGACCGGCGGCUUUGCCACUAUCGCUGGCAGUGUGUUGGGAGCCUACAUUUCAUUUGGGAUUGACGCCUCGUCCUUGAUCGCGGCCUCUGUGAUGGCCGCGCCCUGUGCUUUGGCAAUGGCGAAACUCGUCUACCCAGAAGUAGAAGAGUCCAAGUUCCGGAGCCGGGAGGGUGUGAAAAUUGCCCGUGGAGCAGAGCAGAAUAUUCUGGAAGCCAUCGGCAACGGUGCCUCGGUUUCUGUGGGUCUGGUGGCUAACAUUGCGGCCAACCUCAUCUCCUUCCUGGCAGUGCUGGAGUUCAUCAAUGCCACGCUCGCUUGGUUGGGGAACAUGGUCAACAUUGCAGGACUCUCCUUCCAGUUGAUCUGCUCCUAUGUACUGAUGCCGCUGGCAUUUCUGUUAGGGGCCAGCUGGGAAGACGCGGGCCUCGUGGCCGAGAUGCUGGGAGUCAAGCUCUUCUUGAAUGAGUUUGUGGCCUACCAGCAGCUGUCCACUUACAAACAGCGACGACUGGACGGGCGUCCUGAGUGGGACGAGUCGCAGAAGCAGUGGAUUUCUGUGAGAGCUGAAACCAUCACCACCUUCGCUCUGUGUGGAUUUGCCAACCUGAGCUCCAUCGGGAUCAUGCUGGGCGGCUUGUCGACCCUGGCACCGCAGCGCAAGAGUGAAUUUUCUAGCAUCGUCGUAAGGGCUUUGUUCACAGGAGCCUGCGUCUCUCUGAUGAACGCCUGCAUCGCAGGUAUCCUGUAUGUGCCCAGAGGAGAAGUGACCGAUUGCUUAGGCUUCUUCAACACGACAGACCUCAACUCUACCAGCUACCCUGUCUAUGUUUGCUGCACGGACCUUUUUGGAAGCGCAACCAGCAUCGACGGGUCUCUUUCUUUCUCUGGCGUAUGGGAGCAUCAGGACGUCAACAUUACGAAGAUGCACCUCCAAGGAUGCUGUGGUCACUACAACGCCACGGCCUGUGCCGGGGUGUAACUGCCGAGGAAGUGGGCCAGGACUGCACGACGAGGGUGUCUCGCUGGCAGCCCUGCCGUAAUGAAGGACAGAGCAGCCCAAACAAUAAACUUUUUUAUACUGGAACGCUUCCUGCGUGCAUGCCGAACGACGACACGGAGGAGAUGCCACUCUGGAACAUCAGAAUGAACAGGGGCAUGAAGGAAAACCGAGAAUGCUGGCAGAGCCUGCUGAGAGGAGGAGUUUGGCGGGCGUGCCAGACCCCCCGCAAUUAAAUGUCACGCCUAGCAGACUGUGCGUCCUAUGCUGCCACGUCGACAGCUAGGGUGUGUGACGAGCCUCCUUUCGUCUCAGUCCAUUAACUCAUGCCUGCUCUUCCAUUAGCUACUUAAGACAGGACAACAGAUUCUGUUUAGGUCUGUCGUCACUUUCAGAAGGUGGUGUUCUUCUUUGCCAAAUGCGGCCACUGGGGCUGCUUUUUUCAAGGCAGGGGGAGAGAUCUGCGUGGGGGGAAGGCCCGACGGGGCACUGGGGGAGCUGAAACCCCUCAUCAGCAUUGCUGGCCACCAGGCGGGAGCUGAGUGGCUCCUUGCUCCUGGCUGCCGGGGGCCCGCCGGGAACUUUCCCUGCAAGUUCAGUGGCCGGUCCACCUCUGUCGCCAAAGGUGAACUGCCGAGCACAAUCAUUUGCGCCAAAGCGUUUGCAAAAAGGAAAUCCAGUGGCUGGAAGAACAGGAGGGCUGCCUUAUACCGGGUCAGACCGUUGGUCCAUCUAACAAUUGAAGCCCUGUGCGGUCUAGGAUCAACAGAUCUUCAGGACCGUCUCUCCCAAUAUGUCCCUCGAAGGGUUUUGCGCUCCUCUGACCGACAUCUACUCGUGGUCCCCGGCCCAAAGGAUGUACACCUGGCCCCAACCGGAGCCAGAGCUUUCUUUGCUCUGGAGCCAGCCUGGUGGAACCCACUCCCGGCUGAGAUCCGGGCCCUGUGGGAUUUAAUGCCGUUCCGCAGGCCCUGUAAAAUGGGAGAUGUUCUGCCAAGCCGAUGGCUGAGGCGGUCGUGAUCCAUCUAUAUUGGCCUCCCCUGCUCUGCCUUGCAUUAUUCCAUUAUUCCAUCCAGUUUGGUGUAGUGGUUA